ACCAGGCCCCGCCUCCACGGACCACUUGGGGGAGCAGCAGUGCGGCUCGGCUCGCUCGCGCCCCGGAAGCUGCCCCUUCCCGGGGUCAUGAUGGGCAGCAAGAUGGCGUCUGCCAGCAGGGUCGUUCAGGUAGUCAAGCCACAUACUCCAUUAAUAAGAUUCCCUAACAGAAGAGACAAUCCUAAACUCAGUGCAUCAGAAGCUUUGAGGUCUGCAGGGCUCCCACCUCACUCUUCUUUGGUCUCCCAGCAUGCUAAAGGAAGUAAAUCACCAGACGUGAUGCAUCAGGGUCCACCAGACACUGCAGCAAUAUUAAAAACAUUACCUCAGAAGUAUAGAAGGAAACUUAUAUCUCAAGAAGAAAUGGAAUUUAUCCAACGUGGAGGUCCAGAAUAAUCACUGAGGCUGCUGUUUAUCAUCAAAGAAUUAUCUUAAUAAUAAAGGACUUCCAAAAUGACAAGUACAAAAUUGUAUAUUAAACAACCUUAAUAAAUAUCCUGAGAAAAGGAAAUAUAGAAAAUAUAGAUGAAUACUUGUAUCUCCUAAUUUAUGUAUCUUGGUCAGCUUCUCCACAAGCUUACCAGGUUGUUUAUGUAUUUUAUACUUAUUAAAGUAUACAUUUUUAAAUGUUAGCUUA